GCUCAGUUUUUAGUAUUCAGAAGCCAUGAGGACUGUUCAAGGAUAGAGACAGUGUUGCAUGCUCAUAUGUUUACACGUGAAUGCGUAUUACACACAUGCAAACUUGUGGAGUGUUUAUACCCUGAAGACAUAUGUUUAAGCUCAUGUGCUGAGCUACCUGACACAGACUGUGCUGUAAACUCUUGGAUUACGCAACCAUUUCCAGAAGACAAAACAUAACACGGGAAGGAUGAAAGCCCUGUUGCCACUGGUCAUAUUAACCCUACUGCCUAAAUCAGCCUUUUCAGUACCAAAUGUAAACAGGCAGCAGGACCACUGGGGACACUGGAGUGAAUGGAGUGAGUGCAGCCGAACAUGUGGAGGUGGAGUCACAUUUCAAGAGAGACGGUGUUACUCUAAGAGGACAGAUGGAGGCAACAGUUGCAUUGGGCCUUCAAGAUAUUUCCGUUCAUGUAAUAUUCAGGACUGCCCAGAAGGUUCCCGCGACUUUAGAGAGGAGCAGUGUGCUGAGUUCGAUGGCAGUGAGUUCCAAGGAAAGAGAUACAAGUGGCUGCCUUACUAUGGAGCUCCUAACAAGUGUGAACUGAACUGCAUUCCUAAAGGUGAAAAUUUCUAUUACCGGCACAAGGAAAAGGUAAUCGAUGGAACCCCAUGUGAGCCUGGGAAGCGAGACAUCUGUGUGGAAGGAGUUUGUAAGACUGUAGGUUGUGAUAGCAUGUUGGAAUCAUCACAGAAAGAGGACAAGUGUCUGGAAUGUGGAGGAGAUGGGAGGACCUGCCAUGAAAUCCAAGGAACCUUCAAUAUCCCUGAUCUUCCAAGAGGUUACAAUCAGAUAUUCAUUAUCCCUGUUGGAGCAACAAGUAUUCGUAUAAAAGAAUUGGUGCCUUCAAGAAACUUUUUGGCCAUUAAAAAUGUUCGAGGAGAGUACUAUUUAAAUGGUCACUGGACCAUCGAGUUCAGUCGUGCUCUAAACAUCGCCAGCACGAUCAUUCAUUAUGAUAGAGGAGCUGAAGGUGACUUGGCACCAGAGAGCAUCCAUGGGAGGGGGCCCACAACAGAGCCAUUAGUGAUUGAGAUGAUCAAUCAGGAGUCAAACCAAGGCUUCCAGUAUGAAUAUUAUUUACCCUACAGGAGGCAGAGCCAAGGAUAUUUCUGGAGCUACGGAUCCUGGACUGAGUGCAGUACUGAAUGUGGUGGAGGUUACCAGUCACGGUUAGUGUUUUGCACAAUUGACAAUGAAGUGUAUCCAGAUCCCAUGUGUAGUGACAAACCACGACCUAUGAACAAUCGGACUUGUAAUAGUCAGAGAUGUCCUCAAAUAAAACGGAUGUCAUACAUAUAUCAGCCAAGAGGGUGGCAACACACUGGAUAUGGGAUCUCACAAGUGUACAGCUGGAAGACUGGACCAUGGAGUUCCUGCUCGACUACCUGUGGUGGAGGCUCCCAGUCUCGUUCCGUGUACUGUGUAUCCUAUAAUGGAAGGGAGGCGCACUCUGCUGUGGACGACGCAGAGUGUGCUGCCUUCGCUGAAAAACCUCAUACCCAGCAGUUCUGCAGCUUAAAGCACUGCGCCACUUGGACUGUAGGUCCCUGGUCCCAAUGCUCAGAGAGAUGCGGUAAAGGAUUUCAGACCAGAACUGUAUCCUGUGGAACAGGCUUGGCUUCUUCCCUUCAAGAUUUUGCCUGUCUCCCUCAGCCUAAACCUACAACUACCCAGUCAUGCUUGGUCCAAGAAUGCACUCAGGAAGUCGGCUGGCACAUUGGCGACUGGGGUCUGUGUUCAAAGAGCUGCGGUUCAGGACUCAGGGAACGACAGGUGAUAUGUGCAGAUAAUGAUCGCAACUUUUAUGGACCUGAAAACUGCAAUGAAAGAGACCGUCCUGCUAUUGUGGAAAAAUGUAACACUCAAAGCUGCUAUCUACCACAACUGGUACCCAGUAUGCAAGACCACAGGGGAUAUGACAUUACAAGGCAUUCAACUCUGACUCGAUAUAUUCCAGAUGCCUACUCAGCAGAUAACAGAUAUGAACGAAAAGAGGUGGAGAGGGCCCCCUCAGUACCGAGACCAGAUGAUAUCAAUCCAUUGGUGCCUUCUUGGGAUUCUUAUGGUGGACGACAAGAAUUAAUUAUUGCUCGUCCACUAGACUGCACCAGAUCUCUCUAUGGAUGCUGCUCUGAUGGUCAGACUUCAGCCCGGGGCCCUGGUAAAGAAGGGUGCCCAGUCAUCCCCUGCCAGGAGACAAGGCAUGGAUGCUGUCCUGAUGGAAUUACCGCAGCACAAGGUCCCAAUGCAGCCGGCUGCCUGAGAUACUACAGCGAUAUUUACACUGGACUAAAUGAGGAAGGACCUGCUGAUUGGGCAAGGACAAGUACUACACAAGCUCCAAGCAGGGAGAUCCAAUCCGACGAGUGCCGGGCUUCAAAGUAUGGCUGCUGUUUUGACAAAUCAAGUCCAGCAUCAGGUUCUAAUGGAGAAGGUUGCAUAAACAAACCUACCUACCCCUAUCCAGACAUGUGCUUGUUGCCAGAUGCAAAUGGUCCCUGCUCAGACUGGAUCAUACGUUGGUAUUUUGUUCCUUCUGCUAGCCUCUGUAAUCGUUUUUGGUAUGGAAGUUGCCAUGGUAACAAGAAUAAUUUUCAAACAGAGGAAGAGUGCAUGAAGGAGUGUAAGACAGCUCAUCAUCAAGGUAUAAGCAGCAGUGUUGGAAAUGGUGAGGAACGCAGAGUUGCUGUUCAUACUGAGUUUGUGCGGCAGGAAGGGGCUAUAGGCAGACACCAGCAGUCACACGACAGAAGCAGUGACCAUACAUCUGCGUGGGAAGGAAAUCUAGAACGUGUGCCUCAGUCUGAACACAUGCAGAUUACAGGAUCUUCCCACUGGGCAACAAGCAAUGGGUUUGAAAAGCUAUUUUCAAGAGAAAACUGGAGACAUGCACACCAUACAGAGAGAACAGAAACAGGAAGCUCACCAUCACAUGUAUCUGACUCCACAAAAACAUCUGUGGACCGAAAACAAGCAGCAGUGCAGGCAGAAUGGAACCAUUCAAAGAUCCCCCUGACACAAACAGAGUCAGAGAUCUACUUUAGAGACCACAAGAGGCAGCCACUAUCAACUCAGUCACGAACACAUGCUGCUACAAGCGGACAAGCUGUUCUUCAUGAGGGUAAUUCAAAGCAUGUUUUCCAAAGUAGUGCCAAGUUAUCCCACACAGUGGCACCAGACAACAGGUAUAUUGACAGAAAUGAACAUAAGCAGACCUCUGAAAUCACUGCAGGAGGUAGCGUGAACACCCACAGACAAAGUCAUGUAAUACCUGCCUUGCAUGACUCUGAAUACAACAAGCAGCUUAUCACAAGAGUCAAUGUAGAUAAAUCUGACCUUUACCCUGUGGAAGUUACACCAGGCCAAACUGUACAGCUGCAAUGCAUGGUUGAUGGUCCAGUCCUCAUCACUUUUGAAUGGAAAAAAGAUGGCAGACAGAUCUCUUCAGCAAGACACACCUAUCAGUCUGAUGGUUCAUUGGUUAUCAGCCGGGUCAGGACUGAAGAUGCUGGUUGGUAUCUCUGCACUGCAUCCAGUGAUGAAACACGAGUCUACAGACAGAUCCAGCUAAAGGUUCAAGGUGUUACUCAGCCCAUAGAGACAUCUCAGUCACACUCAUAUAUAUCCAGAGAGGAAAAGCAACUUGGAGACAGACAGAAUUACAGACAAAGCCAGACAUUUGUUGCUGAAGAGAACAGAAGAGACUCAACAGGCUAUUCUCAAGCUACUUUCUCUGAAAACGAUUCAGCUGCAUACAGACUAAGCAUAGAUAAAACAGACCCUUUGACAGUUGAUGCAAAAGCUGGACAAACUGUGAAACUGCCAUGCCGAGCCACUGGCUCACCCACUGUCACUACCGAAUGGCGUAAAGACAACAAGGCAAUAUACUCAUUCAGACAUACAAAGCAGCCAGAUGGGACACUGGUGAUCAAUAAACUCACUCUGGAGGAUGCUGGCUGGUACGUUUGCACUGCUUUCAACGGUCGAGACAAAGACUAUCGACAGGUCCGUCUUAGAGUUCAAGGAGAGCUGAAAAUUACGUCUCCUCCACCAAAUGUUGAAGUCACUAUAGGAGGAAGUGUCCACCUGCCUUGCGUUGUUUCUGGCACAAAUGUGAAUGUGAAAUGGUCCAGAAAUGGCAUUCCAGUACAGGGUGACAGACAUCACAUUUUUAUGUCCCAAGAUGGCAGCCUGAUUUUGCACAAUGUGCAGCCUGCUGAUGAAGGUUCCUAUACAUGUAAUGCUUACAGUGGAUCAUCUUCUGCCAGUGCAACUGCAGAGGUCAAAGUGACAAAACCGAAAACACAAGACCAGUCUGCACAUCAUGAAGACCCAAGUAAGGGGUGUGUCGAUCAGACAGAACUUGCAAACUGCAAUCUGAUUGUCCAGGCCAAGCUAUGCUCCAAUGAAUACUAUUCUAGUUUCUGCUGUGCCAGCUGUUCUCAGUUUCAACCAAUCAGCAAACCUCAUGCUAAGCAGGGGUAGACCAUCUCUAAAAUUCAAAUCAUAAACAAGCAACAGUGGGAACAAAAGAUGAAAUUACACUCCAAACAAAUGGCAGAAGCUACAAUUCUAAUGUUAUUGUGCAUAUCAAGGAGGAUAAAAAGAGGAGCACAUGGACAGUUUUGGUGUUGUCUUUUGUUUAAUAUCAGAUGCUGACAUUGAAAACCCCCUGAAAAGGUUAUUGUCAUUAACACACACUUGUUUCUAUGUUGCAGUUUCCUCCACUCACAUACACUUCAAAAAUCACAAGAGCCUGGAAGAAACUUAAAGUUAGUGAAUGAAAGACAAUUGGUUUUGGCUAAUAUGGUUACUGCGCAGUCAAGGCACCAUGAGAAUGGAAUUACAUGUAUAUAAAGCAUGCAACUUAAGGCCACAAUUGUUUCAAAAACUGAUGAUUUUUUUGAGGGACACAAUCAGUUUAUGUGAGGAAAUAAAUAUAUUAGAUACAACUAUGGUAAUGGGGUAUUUUAUUUAUUCUUUAUUAUCUACUUACUUAUGAGUAUGCAGUUAUGAUUCUGUAUCGUUCCUGUACAGAAACAGCUCCUUCCGUCAGGACGGUUGUAAAAUGGUGGGGUUAAUGGCCUCCUCAAAGUAAAAGAAAGCAUUUUGACACAAGUGGCAUUUCAGCCUGCCAAAUAUUAGUUCUAACUCAAUGCCAGUAACAUAAGUCUACAAUAUAUUCUAGGCGUUGCAUAAUGAACUACCUCAAUUUAUUUUUACAUUUCCAGUGGUCCUGUUCUUUAUGACAUUUCAUUAUUUCCUAUUAUAAUAUUAAUUUGUGACACAUUGUUAUGGUCACACUUUCUGUGCUGUUAUACAGAUAACAUAGUUAUUUCAGCUUUGUAGUGUUGUUCAUAAAUACUAGUUGAUAAAUGUUACAGCUCUCUGUUCAUAAUUAUGAACUCAUAAUGUUCAUAAAUACUAGUUGAUUAAUAAAAAAGGAUUAUUGAAAUAAAUACUAGUUGAUAAAUGUUACAGCUCUGUGCUCAUAAUUAUGAACUCAUAAUGUUCAUAAAUACUAGUUGAUAAAUGUUACAGCUCUGUGCUCAUAAUCAUUAACCUAAUUUACAUAGUAAAGCAAAUAAGUAUUUUUGGGUGGGAUGUAAAUAACAUCUAUCAUGUUUGUUAAUAAGUUUUAUUUUAUCUUUCUUUGGUGAUCUAUACUUUGGGCUGGAGAGUAAAUGAACAAAGGGAAAAACAUAUACAUAUUUAACAGGUGUAACAUAUUUUCUAGUAAUGCAACAGCUCCAAGGAUGACUUGGGCAAUAUAAGUGCAUGAAUACAAACUGUUGCAACCUUGAGUUUAUUAUAGUUUACAAUAAAGGUUUUCAGGCAUAGCAAAAAUAAUGUAAUCAUUGCCACACUGGUCACAACUACUUUUGAAAAAUGGUAUAUGAAUGAGUUUGUACAAGCAAAAUACUAUAUGUCAAUGUGGGAUGAUUCUAUAAAAGCCUGAGUUUAAUUUAUGCAGUACCUGAUGUAUGAUGAUUUGAUAAAAUUCUUAUUAUAUACAAACACCCAUACUGUAUGUAUAAUAAAACUGUUAAGACUGUUGUAUUUAACUCAUCAACACCUCUGAGCUGUGAGAUGUCAUGAAUCUAGCAGCCUAGGCAAAUCCUUACAUUGCAGAGCAUUUUCUGAAAAAUCAGUUUAAAAAAACAUAAGCCAAACAAAUGUAAAUAUGUUGUGAAAAAUAACAGUUAUUAAAAUAUACAAACAUCAAUGUUAUCAGUAAAAAGUAUUAUUUAUAGUUGGUAUAGUCAAUGAUUUAACAGCCUUUGCAUCAGAGCUAUACCACGUUAUAAAGUAUGUAAACCCAGAAUAUCAGAAAAAAAUCAUAUCUUGCAAACUGUAUGACCUACAUAUAUAGUGUUAGAGCACAUGACAGUAAUAAAUUCCUGAGUUCUUGCUUAAUGAGAUAUUUACAGCACUAUGAACAGUAUGUACAUCUAUAUAAUUACCAAUAUUUACAAUGCUGAAUCUGUCGAGAUGUGCAAAUAAUUUAAAAGGCACCAAUGACAGUUUUCUUUAACACUGUUCACUCUUCCACUUGAUACCAAGCAAUAGUUUAUAAUUCACUUGGUUUGGGAAGUAUUAAAGUACAUAUGCAACUACUGCACAUCAUAAUCACUAGCAAUGUCUAUGGUAUAUUGUAUUAUACAUGGACAGUGACAAUUUAUUUUUCUGUCUCACACCAUGACAUUUCACAACAUGUCCCUUAAUAAUGUGUAACUUUCUCAAUUAUGAAAAUAUGAAUAAAUAUAAAAAUAUAAAUAAAGUGACAAACAGUGAUUAGUCUCUCAACUGCAGGACAGCUUAGAUUAACAGCCUUAAGUAUGAUUUUACAUAUAAACAACCCUUUCUUUUGCUGUUUAUUAUUCAUUUGUAAAUCAUAAAGAUAAAAAAAUUAACAUGACAUAAGGUGCUACGAGUGUUAGACGGAAGUAUGAAAAAAUGGAACUCUACAUAUGAAUGAGAUAGUAAAGAACUGUACUGUCAAAUUGUUAGCAUAUUUUUAGAUACUAUUAGUUUUAGUGCCUUGUACUCAGUGAGGGCAAGGGUAUUCUCUAACACUCACAUGACCCUGAAUCAGAUUAAGCUGGUAAUCAGAAAAUAAACAAAAAACAGAGCAUUAGCAAACUAAUGUUGAUCCAGUGAUAACUGUACAUAACAUGCCUUACUCCGUGGGGUACUUUUGUGUCAAGAAGAUUCUAUUAUUGAGACUCCAAGAUGGCUGCACACUGAUCAACAGGUUUAUUAGAUUUCCCAGUAUGAAAUCUGCAAUUGUGAAAAAAAAAAAAACUAUCAAAUUAGAUACAGUUCACUUACUGACUUGUAAUUACACUACUUGGUUGCCAGCAAAGAAGACAUUUGGAGAAAGUAAGAGAAAAUCAAUCAGAAAAGGAGAAGAAAAAACUUUAGCCAGGAAGAAUCCCUCAGAACUUCAGCAAAAAUUUAUUUGAGUUUUAUCUCUGGUACAUGGGAUGGCUUUUCAUAAUUUAGAGGACAAAAUACAUCAAAUGCACUCAGGUGUAUUUAAAAUAAGUGAAACACUAAAGAAAUAUAUACAGUCAAAUAACAAAAAGGCUGAAAAAUUAAAGAAGCUUUAACUAUUCAGAUGAGCUGAUAACAUUGCAAAAAACAGAGUCUGAAAUGAAAACAAGCCUGAGCAUGAGGCUUCUCUGGAAGAGCUGCUUCAAAAAGUGAAGUUAGAAGGGCAAGCAGAGAAAAAUUGAGAUUUUCUGCUGUACCACAGAAGCUUUUAGGAACAGACUGUAUUAACUUUAAUGAAGUGUAAAUAAAAACUAGACUGGAGUUCCACAACAGAAUCCAUUAAUCAAAACAGCAUGAACAUGGCCACGACAAAGGAGCCAAGACCUGUAUUAGUAAAGAUGCAAUCAUACCAGCAGAAAAAUUGUGGCAGAAAGGAAAAAUAUUAA